AAGUUGCAGGAUCCAUCCAGAGCAGCUGAAAUCACCGGAAGAAUUGUCUACACCAACAGGAGAGGAUGAGGACACUUCUGCUGCUGCUGCUGUGUGCCUUGGUCCUGACAGGCCCCUGCUGUUGUGAAGGAGAUAUGAACAAUGCCUUGAAAGAAGGGAUUAAGAUAGAUCAGAAAAUGGCCAGUGCCUUUGUGAGGAGGCAGAAGAGGUCUUAUCCAUAUUAUGAAAGGUACUACGAAAUGUACAAAUCCCCAAUGGAACUAAAGAAAGAGCAGUGUGAAAGCUACAUACCCUGUGAUUACUACUCUGAAUUAGUGGGCUUUCAUGCAGCAUAUCGCCGAUUCUUUGGAAACGUCUGAAGUGGACAUUUCUUGUUCUAAUCCGGAAGAGGGCAAGGAGAACAGGGGAGAGUGGGGUGGGGUGGGGUGGGGUGGGGCAGGGCGGGGCAUGGGAAACAGAGAGGGGAAAAAGGAACAACAGGUAGAUUCCAUUUAACUAGAAAGAAGCUUAACAGCAAUAUGUAUGCAUUUUGUCCACUGCUGAAACAAGGAAUAAGCAGCAAUUAGGAACUCAAUUUUCCAGGUGCUUUUCUGCCACUUACCAGUUCCCUAUCUUCCAACAUUUGUCGGAGGGCAAUUAGCAUUCUAUGGGAAUAGGGGCAGGCGGGACUAAUGGUUAGAGCAAAAGUCUAGCAAGGUUUAUGGAUGCUCAUGAUUACUCCCAGAGGUGGGUUUUCUGGUACGUAGCCUGGAACAAAAGCUGCACCUGGCAGAUGCACUAUGCCAAGUUCUGUCACUGUCCAAAGUUUGGCAUGAAAAAGGGAAUUUUGAGGUAAAUUUUUUAAAAAAGCAUUCCAACCACAAUCUUUUUGUUGUAGUUUGGUGCUGUUUGUAGCACCAAUGGGAGAGCUGCUUCUAUGCCAUUAAAAAACUAUCCCUUUCUUUCUCUGUAGAACAGAUCAAUUUGUCACAUUGUGGCCAAUGAGUUUUACCAAGUGAUGAUGUUACUGAAGACAGACAAAAACUAUUCAAAAGAAUAUAUUGCUCAUAAGCUUUGUUUGCCCUCAGGGUUGCUGUCAUCUAAUCAAAUUAUUUAGCUGUGUCAGAAUCUCCAGGAAGAAUGUGGAUUAAGCAAAAGGGCAUUGAAGCAGCAGACCAGUGGGCUGCAAGCACACUGAAAAUGUACCUUUGCAUUUUUAAUGUAAAAAGAGGGGAUACCUUUGUGUUCCCACUUGAAAAAUCAGCAGAAAAGGAGGAGCAGCUGUGUGUGCACAUGUGUAAAAGUAAUGAAAACUCCUCCCUUAUCAGUUCCUCACUGCCCCAUACAGGUAACUAUUUUACAGACACAGAAAAUCUGGUACAAUAUUUCUGGAAAGUUAUGAUUCUUCAGUACUUUUGAAAAGUAGGUCAUCCUUCCUGCUCCCCAAACUCAGUAGCAAAGAGGUAAUGGGGAAAUUCACACUAAGCAUUGAUAUAUUUUGCCUCCCCACCUGAAAAGACACCCCCCCCAAUACGACUUAUGACUUGCAAAGUUCUUUUCAUCAGUUGCAACUGGAAAAAUUGGGUACAUACUACACAGAUAAAGGGGAAAGAGUGAACGACAAAGAAAGGAUGAGUGUUCCAGUUCCCUGGCUGUCUCCCAAGCAGUAGCAUCUCAUUUUUAAUAGCUGCAGGAAAGAACAUCUCUUGUUAGGGGUGUGUGUGUGUGGGGGGGGGUAGGUAUGAAAUUCUCAAGUGAGGAAAAAAAUCAACCAGAUAUUUCCCUUGGGGUUCCAUGCAUGUGUAAAAACUAUUUUAAAUAGCACUGUUACUGCCAGCUGCAGCACCCUCUAUUUUCAUGUUUCCAGCUUUAAGCAGAGAUGCACAUCCUGGUUCCUCUGUUUCUCAUUUUUUUUCAGUCUAAAGUUGGCCCAUUUCAUUAAAAGAGAGAGAGGGAGAGAGAUUUGAUAUGUUUGCACACAUUUUCAUCUGCAUUUCUUCCAGUUCACACAUUUUAAUGGGCUUUUCUCCUAACACACAUUUUUGCAAGCAGUUUCUCCCAAGAUAACUCAUUUUUAAAUCACAUUUCCACUUCCAAAGAAGUGUAUUUGUAUUCACGCCUGAGUUGCACAAAUUUGCCCAUCCCUAUUUUCUGGUCUGUUCUGCCCACUUGAAAUAGGAGGCCUUUCAGAGAGCUGGGAAGAAUGUCUAAUUAUCAAGGAAAGUAAGUAAGGAAUCCUUUGCUUGGUGGAGGAAAACUAUUGAAACCUGCAUUGCUACUGGCACCCCCCCCCCCACACACACACACCGUCCUACUCUGACCUGCAGCCUGUUUUGGCCCUCUGCAUCCAUGGCCCUAUUUUGGCCCUCCAUUUGGGACAUGGGGUGUUGCACCUAGAUGAGCUUAUUGAGAAGGGUUCUAGUCCCUAUUAAGGAUUAAAAAUGGGAUUGAGCACUCUGAGCAGUGCCCCCAUCCUGCUCUAGCCACUGAACAUUUUACUUUCAACUUAUAUUUUUCUUCUGGAUUUUCAGCAUAUGAAUGACAAACUAUUGUUUUGAAAAAUUAAGUUGGGAUUUCAAGGAAAGCUCAUCCCGCCCUGCAUUAUGCAUGGUGAAUGCACAUGGAUAAAUGGACAGGGCAGCCAUGACAGCAUUGCCUGUGUUUUUUGAUAAAUACUCUACUGAACCUCUGAAAAGUGUUGCAGAGGUGACAAUGCCUGCCAUUUUCCUGUAUAAAGUUAUAUUAGAUGAAAGCA